CUAACAUUCAAGUCCAUUAGACGCCGCGCGCCGCCAUGGGGGAGGCGGGGCGGAGCUCGAGGUCACGUGUCUAGUCAGAACCGCCCCCCUGCAGCAGAAGACUUCUCCUCCCACGGUGACAGAGCGUCGGGGUCGGUGGUGGGAACAGUUUCUGCUCUUUCAAGCCCAUCAGGUAAAUUAACACUAUGGAUUUCUCCAAGCUACCCAAAAUACUUGAUGAAGAGAGAGAGAGCACAUUUGGUUAUGUGCAUGGGGUCUCAGGACCCGUUGUUACAGCCUGUGACAUGGCAGGUGCAGCCAUGUAUGAGCUGGUGCGAGUGGGCCACAGUGAGUUGGUUGGAGAGAUUAUUCGGUUGGAAGGUGACAUGGCUACUAUUCAGGUGUAUGAAGAAACCUCUGGUGUAUCUGUUGGAGACCCUGUACUCCGUACCGGUAAACCUCUUUCAGUAGAGCUUGGUCCUGGCAUUAUGGGAGCCAUUUUUGAUGGUAUUCAAAGGCCUUUGUCGGAUAUCAGCAAUCAGACCCAGAGUAUCUACAUCCCAAGAGGAGUAAAUGUGUCUGCCCUUAGCAGAGAUAUCAAAUGGGAUUUUACACCAUGCAAAAACUUACGGGUUGGCAGUCAUAUCACUGGAGGAGAUAUUUAUGGAAUUGUUAAUGAGAACUCACUCAUCAAACACAAAAUCAUGUUACCUCCACGAAACAGGGGGACUGUAACUUACAUUGCUCCACCUGGGAAUUAUGAUACCUCUGAUGUAGUCUUGGAGCUUGAAUUUGAAGGUGUAAAGGAGAAGUUCAACAUGGUCCAAAUAUGGCCCGUGCGUCAAGUUCGGCCUGUCACUGAGAAGCUGCCAGCCAAUCAUCCUUUGCUCACUGGCCAGCGAGUCUUGGAUGCCCUUUUUCCGUGUGUACAGGGAGGGACAACUGCUAUCCCUGGGGCUUUUGGCUGUGGGAAGACAGUAAUAUCACAGUCUCUGUCCAAGUAUUCUAACAGUGAUGUGAUCAUCUAUGUAGGAUGUGGUGAAAGAGGAAACGAGAUGUCUGAAGUUCUCCGGGACUUCCCAGAGCUCACUAUGGAAGUUGAUGGUAAGGUAGAGUCAAUUAUGAAGAGGACAGCAUUGGUAGCCAAUACCUCCAAUAUGCCUGUUGCUGCUAGAGAAGCCUCUAUUUAUACUGGAAUUACACUGUCAGAAUAUUUCCGUGACAUGGGUUACCAUGUCAGUAUGAUGGCUGACUCCACCUCUAGAUGGGCUGAGGCCCUUAGAGAAAUUUCUGGUCGCUUAGCAGAAAUGCCUGCAGAUAGUGGAUAUCCUGCAUAUCUUGGUGCCCGUCUGGCCUCUUUCUAUGAGCGAGCAGGCAGAGUGAAGUGUCUUGGAAAUCCUGAAAGAGAAGGGAGUGUCAGCAUUGUAGGAGCAGUUUCUCCACCUGGUGGUGAUUUUUCUGAUCCAGUUACAUCUGCUACUCUUGGUAUUGUUCAGGUGUUUUGGGGCUUAGAUAAGAAACUGGCUCAACGUAAGCAUUUUCCCUCGGUCAACUGGCUCAUCAGCUACAGCAAAUACAUGCGGGCGUUGGAUGAGUACUAUGACAAACACUUCACAGAGUUUGUUCCUCUGAGGACCAAAGCGAAGGAAAUUCUGCAGGAAGAAGAAGACCUGGCAGAAAUUGUACAGCUUGUAGGAAAGGCUUCAUUAGCAGAAACAGAUAAAAUCACUUUGGAGGUAGCAAAACUUAUCAAAGAUGACUUUCUGCAACAAAAUGGGUAUACUCCUUAUGACAGGUUCUGCCCAUUCUAUAAGACAGUAGGGAUGCUAUCCAACAUGAUUGCAUUUUAUGAUAUGGCUCGCAGAGCUGUGGAGACCACUGCCCAGAGUGACAGUAAAAUCACAUGGUCCAUUAUCCGUGAGCACAUGGGGGAGAUCCUCUACAAACUUUCCUCCAUGAAAUUCAAGGAUCCGGUGAAAGAUGGUGAGGCAAAGAUCAAAGCUGACUAUGCACAACUUCUUGAAGAUAUGCAGAAUGCAUUCCGUAGCCUUGAAGAUUAGAGCUGUGAUUUCUUUUCUCCUUUUCUUCAGCAAACUCAUACGUGUAUAUUUUUGUCAAUUUCUCAUCUCAGAUGCUUUAUUGUGCAGCUUUGAGACUAGUGCUGUGUGUGUUAUUGUUUUGCUGUUUAUUUGGUAGGUCUUCUCUAAAACAAACAUUCCUGUGUUGCACUGUUUGACGGGCCUCCCUGAUCCUUUUUUCCUGAAGUGGUGAAUGUGUAAAUAAUGAUAUGCAAUGGCUAUACUACUAUAAAUGUGUAUGGAGGGUGGAGCCCUCCUUUGUCCUAGGUUUUCUCUUUCCUCAGUCUCCAUUAAAUGGUAAACAGGACUACUGCAUGUGCACUCUUUGCAAUGAAUUUGGAAUGGAAGGCCUGAUUUCUAAACCUUUUGACAGGUACUUUGUGAAACAACUCAGUAUCUAUGUGGUAAGGCCAUGUGUAACUUAGCAUUUUGCUAAGUAAUCUUGCAGGAAAUACUUUUUAAAAAGUAAGUGAUUAAUGUUCCAAUUAUGCAUUGCUUUUCCAUUAUAAAUCAAGACUAUUUAUGGGAAACUGUUGGGAACUAUGCUGUUCUAAGGCAGUCAUUUUUAGGGCUCACCAGAAUUGAUGAAUCAGUACCCUCUAAAAAAGUGGGGAAAAAGAGCCAGAUAGUCAAACUUAGAUUAACAUCAUUUUUUAAAGUAGAAAACAUUCAGUAUCAAGGACUAUGGUAUACUUCAUUACUAGAAAAUCCUUUUUAAAAAUAUAAUUAAAAAAUCAUCAAAAACUUGAUCCACAUCAUAUCUCUUUCUUUUCCUCAAACAUCAUAUAAGCCUAAGCUGCUGAGAAGCAUGUUGCAGUGGGAUAGGCAGUAAAAUGCCACUGAGAAGAUACAUAGUUCUAGUAGUCUAAGGUUGUUUGCCUGGAAGAACCAGGUGAGCUGUGGCAAUUCUUGGGGCCAGAGUGGCGUGCUGUUACAAAGUAUUGACAUGUGUCACAUCUUUGCAUGUUUGUUUGCUUGUAGAAUUUUUAAACAACUGAUUUAUCAGUUGUAGAAAUUUUUAUUUUCGUGUAGUUUUUCAUUCAUUGUCUCACAAUUUCUCAGACUAUCUCUGGCUAUAGCAGCAUAAUAGUCUCCAUUCCAUUUAAUGGGAAUGAAAUUAAUACUUACAUUGAUUGGUAUUAGGAUCCGGGUCAUGUGAAAAAAAGAUCAUUUCACCCUGUCUUUUCAAUAUAUGUUUAAAAAUAAUAAGGCACACUUAGAGAGUAGCUCUAAGAUCAAGUUUCCUAUUAAGUCUUUUGAUGGACAUUGCUGGCACUAUUGCAUCCUCUUUAGAUAGAGGAAAGAAUAUGUGAACAUGUCUAACAGUCUCAAAUACACAAAUGUAAUAGCAUAAAUAAAAGUAUUUAUUUUAUGCCUCAGAUAUUAUUUAAAUUUUUAUGUAAUACUUUCUUUGGGUGAUAUAAAGAAAGGUGCAGUCAGUAGAGAAGUCAGAGUUUUAUGGCAGUUCUUGCACUUUGCAUGUUUUUACAGUGGACUCCUAUUCAGGAAAGAUAUUCUUCUGUAACUUGUUUUUUAACCUUUCAGAAUACUGACAGAUAAAAAUUAUGCAGUGAUUUGUUGAGAUGUAGACCUAAUGGUGCUGCUUAAUCAAUUUGCUUCCAAGGAGACCACUUCUUUUCUAGAGGCCCUGAGACUAGUGAAGUGAAAAGGAUUUGAAAAACUUGCUUUUCCUACUUUAAACUUACCAACAAACAAAGAUUAUGGUCAUAAUGAAUGAUAUGAAGAAACUAAUUGACCAAGUUUAUUUUUCAUUGUUCUGAAUUUGAGAUGUAUAUUUUUACUUCUUUUAAGAAUGUUGAUGUAUGAAUGUGAAGAUGCUAGAGAAACUGUGCUCAGAACAUUGUGUCCCUUCAUCUGUAUGUUGUAGAAUUUCAGGUUGGCAAUUGAUAAUAUUUCUGUAGAAAGAAUGUGUUAACGUUACAAGCAAUCUUUCAAAAAGAUUAUGCAGUUCUCUAUUUAUUGUGCUGUGCCUGCCCCUAAGUGCAGCCAGUGAAGCAAGUUUCAUAUGUAUUUUUCCAGUGUUAAAUCUCACACUCUGUACUCUUCGGAAAUUUCCUUCCAUCCUGAAGAUCAAAUAGAAGAAGCCAUAUAUAUUGGCUCCUCACCUUUGAGAUUUCAUUCUCUUUAUGUUAAAAGAUGUAUAAAAUUAUUAAAAAUCUAUGAAAGAAUAAAAUGAA